UUUUAUUUUUUAUUUUUAAGGAGUUCGAUUUUUUUCUAAAACGCAACUCAAAACCAGCGAACAAACAGUUCUGUCAUUCAACACUCGACGACGCUUCCUCAAACAAAGAACAAACAAAAGCCAACCUCGCAACAACAAUGUCUGAAGCGGCGGCGGCGGCGGCAUCGGACUCUGAGCAUCAGCAACAGCAGCAGCAGCCGCGGCUUGAGAAGCGCGGGUCGUGGUUCAACUCUGUCGGCUCCAAGAUGCGCCGGUCGCUGUCGUCCAUGUCAUCAUCAUCAGCAUCAUCAUCAUCAUCAGCAAUGCCAGUUGCAGUCGUCGCUCAGACCAAUGGCAAUGGAGUGGCAGCGAGCGACGCCAUGGAUGCUCAUACUCAUGCUAACAGCAGUAGUAGCAACAAUGGGAACAAUGGCCUCACAACCCCAGCCGCCCACGCUGCAGCCACCAGUGCUCAUGCCAGUGCUAGUGUGACUAAUACUGCUACUGCUACCACUGCGACUACCACUGUGACUACUACUACGGCGACCACUGCGCACGGUGAUGCCGCCGUCGAUGGCCACGACCCACUGACGCACUCGAGCUCGGCGCUUGCUGCCUCUGCCUCUUCCUCCUCAAUGACCAGCCCGGGCGGAUCGCUGCGUGCGGGUGGAAGCAAGCGCAACACGCUCCUGUCGUCCUUGUUCAAGCGCGCCAGCGAGUCGGGCAUGCCCAGAUCCCUGUCGGACGGCGACUUGGAGCGCAACCAGCACUUGUACGCGCCGCUCACGCCAGAGGACAGGAAGCGCCUCGACAUGGACGGAGCGCACAUCCCAAGGCACUUGUUUGUGCGGCCAGUCAAGUCGUCGCUUGUCAAGGGCGACACGCUGCGGCGGAAACGCCAGGCCGAAGCUGCUGCUCGCGCUGCUGCACUCUCUGCUUCGGGCUCUGCGACUUCCACCACGUCCGUCACAGCAGCUGCAGCAGGACCAGGAGCAGCACCAGCGCACGCUACAAGCAUCCCGUCAAGCGCAUCGCAAGGGGCGCUCUCCAGCACCUUUGAGCGCUCUUCCACAGCGCCACUUGCACCGUCGUCCGCGCCGACUUCGGUUCCACCCUCGAUGGAUUCGAGUGCCGAGAGUCUGGUGCUCCAGCACGAUGGUGCAGACUCGUCUGGAGGCCUCACUUUUGCUCGCAUUGCACCAGCUGCUUCUUCAACGCCCGCCCACCCUCCUACAACUACGACUGCUACAACUACUACUGCUACUACUACGGUCGCCCCAAACUGGACGCAGACCUUCCCUGGCGGCUCAUCAACACCGCCACCGGUUGUCGCUGCUGCAUCGUCAGUGCCCUCCUCACCUUCUAGUGCCCCAUCGUCGUCCGGCCCCGUCUGGCCAACCGACUCGCGCGCUCAACCCUUCCAGCCGGGAUCACCAAGACGGCGUGUUGUUUUCUUUGAAGAGGUUGCCGUCGGCUCGACCCACACCCCGCAAAAGUACAAUCGCAAAUCCAAUGCCCCACGGCGCACCAAGCGCGAAAUUCUCGAAAUUCACGGCGAACUGUAUGCACUGCGCAACGAGCUCUUCCCGAACUGGUAUCUUAAUCAAGACAACGACACUGCCGUCUCGUUCUCGCAUCAGGUAGAGGAGGAGCUCGAGCGGCAAGCCUCAGAUUCCCUUCCAGAGGUGCCCGAUCCAUCCGGGGCUCACCCUUCCGACGCUUGCGAGCAACCAGACGCCCACGAGCCGAACGAAUCGAUGCAGUCCGACGAUGCAGUGGUACCUGAUGCUCAAGACACUUCUUCCGUUGAACUGGCUUCAUGAUUUGUUCCAAUUGGUCUGUUUGGGUUUGUUCAUUUUUCGUUAUCGUAGCAGAAUGUCCUCAAAAAUUAUCGUUUAGAUAUAGCCGACAUAAAGCCAUUCAAAUCGCACA